AUGUUGCUCACCAAGGAAGAGCUGCAGGCCAUCACCCUCAACGCCAAGUCGGUGCACAAGUACGCGGAUCAGGCCUUCUUCCCUGCUGAAAUCAACGAAGCCGGCAAGCGCAUCGGCGAUCAGCCGUUCCUCAACUUCUUUGUCCGCUACCAUCACCGUCAUGCGCCGGAGCAGUACUCGUGGUCGCGCUUGCGUCGCGUACUGCUGCUCGAGGACGUCAUGACAGCGCACAAGCCGAAUGCAGCUCCCAUUGUGACCUCCCAGACGAUUGAGUGGCGUGGAAAGAUAUUCUGGGUCUGCUUCGCUGUGGAGCCGGUGCAGCCACGGUCGUCCUCGUCCGCGGCGCCUAACGACACAGUGAAGGACGAGAUAGUGACGCUGCCGCAGCUGUCGAACACAGCUCCAACGGAGGACGAGGUUUUAGCCUUCUGCGCGGCUAGCGCGAACCAGCGACCGACAGAGGUGUACGCGGAUGGCGUGCUUGGCGAGGCACCCGUGGCGCCGCCGGUUUUGCUUGAGUCCGGGGAAGUGCCGUCGGCAGCCCAGCCGGUCGCGCAAGACCCUCUGCCGCAACCGGAGGGUGUGGAAGGCGUCAAUCAGGCGCCGCCGCCGGCGGCGCUCAACCCACGCGCGUUUGUCCCAACCCCUCGGCAGGUGGAGCUACUUCGUCAGUACAAGAAGCAGCACCUGGCGCAUCAUCAGUGGACUGAGGAUGAGAUUGAAGAGUCGAAGGUGCUGCGGCAGCGGUACUGCACCAUGGGAGUGGCGACCGCACCUGUGCGCACCGUCACCUACAUUCAGCACCACCGUGCUGAAGAGCGCAAGCAGCAACAGCAGCAAAGGCAUGCGCUUGGGACGUCCUUGUCGGCUGGUGCCGCGACGCAGGGUCUGAACGCGUCACAGGCUGCCGAGUUGGACGUGACCGAGGAGCCAGUAUUCAGCAUGGCCGCGGAGAGCGCCGACGUCCUUGCUGUGACAACCACGCAACGCUCGACCCUCUCUGCAGUCGCGCCAUCGUCGCCAUCCGCGGCCACAUCUGCAACAGAUACACCGCUAUCACCAUUUCUGCCACGACGCGUGCUGCGUGCUCAUCAGCAGCAGCAGCAGCACGCAUCCGCCCUGAAUCAGCAUGUCCCUGUCGCCGACCCGUCCUCGGUUUUAAUCCUCGGCGACGGUGCGUCAGCGUCCUUCUCGCAGCUGUCCGUGUCGCAAACACCACCGCCCGAGACGCAGGUGCAGGUGCAGGCGAGCCUGCAGCCCGGAUCCUUGACGGCGCUGUCCCAGCAUCUGUCACAGCUCCGUGAAGCCGAGGAUUCCUUCUAUCAAUACAUCAGCGAGAAGUCCCGCAGUGCCUACUUGAACCGACUCGCCGACAUAACGAAGCGCAACAGCGAGACAAACACGCGCAACCGCCGUCGCGGCAUCGCCAGUGAGCGGCGUCUGGAGCGCAAAGGUAAUCUCCUCGAGUCGUGCGGCCUGUGGAUCACUGAUGACAAGGAGCGGGCGAGCAAGGCAGAGGACUACGUCAAGACGCAGGCAGGCGACUCCAGCAGCACGAGAAAGAACGACGAGAGUACCACGGUUGCCAGCGCGGUAGCCGCCGGCGGCGCUGCCGGCGACGGUGCUGACACUGCAAAGAGCGCCGAGGACGUGUUCGUGGAGCGCUUCAAGGCGUACUACGACGCGCAGCGAAUUACCUUCGCGGACUGCGCUGAUUCGGAUCUGUUUGCCGACGGCAGUGACGUGGACAUCGACCCUCUCUUGCAUGCACCCGCUGCCGUAUUCGAUGUCGGCUCAGAGUCUGACAGGGCUCACUCACCGAGCAGCGCUGGUGCCGUGACGGAGGCAAUGCGCCUCGGUCGUCGUCCUGUGCGGCGCCUUUUGCCCAAUCGGCUUCGCACCGAGGAGAACACGCCUGCGUUGGUGCAGGCGCAGUUGGUGCAUCGUAGUACUGUGCGCAUGGCGAAGCGCGAGCGAGAGGAGUGA